AAAUCAUUUCUCUUCACAGUUUUCCCCUUAACUGGAAAGAAUUCCUGAGUCCGAUAUUUUCUGAAGUGAUAAAUAAUAACUGCACUUCUCAUUUUUUUGGCUCUGUGAAGUCAGCCAUUCCUCACAGGCUGUUUGUGAGGGCUAGAAACCCAUUUCACCUUGUUCUUUUACAGUGCCAACUACUGCCGCUCUCUCCACCAACCCCUCCACCCCCUCCCUCCAUUCCCCCCCGUCUCUUUUCUCCUCCCCUUUCCAUCUCCCAACAAGUACGCAUUCUCCCUGUUCUUAGGCAUAUUCUGAAUGGUUUAGUCACCGCUAGCUGCAGCCUCACGGGAAACACUAAAAGGAGGAGGGGUGAUAGCUGUGAUGACAAGCUUGGCUUUUAGCAGAAUAGGCCUAUGGGGACAUAAGUGUGGCUGCGUGAGGGGCCGUCCAAUCCAUAUCAGUGCUCCUUCAGGAACACACAACCUACCCUCACUGUCACUGUUUUGCCAUGAUCUCAGUGACACUGUUUGGACAACUCUUUCCAUUCCACAGGUUAUCUGUAAUAUAGUUUGACACAACAUCCUGUGUGAACAAUGGCCAUCCACUAUAUCAAGCACAAAUAUCUGUGGAUAAAAACUAUAGGAUGAAAUAAGAAUGGAUAUAACACCUGAGGGACAUCAAUUUCAGACAGUUUUAGGAUCCCACAGAUUGGGUUUUUCAUCCCAGGAGUUGUCAGUUAAUGGCUCUGUGGAUCUAAAAGAUGAUGACCGCCUCCUUGAAACCCAAAAUAUUAUAUUACUGGAGCCAGAUCAGGAUAUAUGCAAACUGAAGGAGGAUUUUUCACAUGCCUGUCAUAAUAACAGUGACUUUGUAGAGACUGGGGAAGUGUCAGUCAUUGCUGUGGAGGAGUCUCAGUAUCAUGAAGUAUCCACAAACUCUAUAGGAGACGACUCUGCUACCGUUUUGCCCCCUGGUCCUGUUGAAGAAGAAGAGUCAGAUCAGGUGGUUCAUCAUCAUCCUGUUCACAUGACAGACCUGGACUAUGGUGGGGUAAAAAGUGGAGAGCGUUUCUCAAAUGGCCAUAUCGUUACAACUCCAGAUGAACAGUUCUCCAGUGUGGUCUCCACUCCUUCCCCUGAUGCAGGUCAGAAAACCUUGGAUUUGCCCUGCGUUGUUAAGCACAAACUGAGCUCCAUCACCUUCUCCGACUACACCGACCGCCAUACUUUCAUCAAUGACAGCUCCGAGGAUGGUCAGUCUUCACAGGAGGAGGAGGAGGAUGAAGAGGAUGACCAUGAUGAUGAUGAUGAUGAUAAUGAGGACGUGUUUCCAGAGCUUCGUCAGUGUAAAGAGCUGCUGGUCAAUCGCAGAGACAGAUGCAGCAGAGACAGACAGAAGAGGAGAGGUGGUGUUAGUGGCCGAGCACAACUCGGUCACUCAUCCAGCAACGACUACGAAGCAGAGGGAGACACCAACACUAAGGAGGAGUCUCCACAGGUCAAGUCUUCCUGGUCAGAGUCAAUGAGCCAACUGAUGAGGAAACUGGACCAGCUUAAUCUGGACAUAGAGGAAGCUCUGAGUGCAAGUUCAUCCCCCUGUAACACACCCUGCACCAACCGCAAAAAACAGUGGGGCGCUGCCACCAAGUCCACCAUAAACCAAACCCUGAAUGACCAAGCUCUUCCCAAACCAGAGAAAGGGGAAUGCCUGAACCAAGACAGGUCCUCUGGUCCUCGCAGCGCCUCUGUUGGAACAAGAACAAGAACCAAGAAGACGGUUUGCAGUAAGAUGACAAACCCAGCAGGGGCAGAAAUUGAAGCAAAAGAAGCGUGUGACUGGCUGCGUGCAGCAGGAUUUCCCCAAUAUGCUCAGCUCUUUGAAGAUUCCCAGUUCCCCAUCGACAUCUCCCCUGUGAAAAGAGAUCAUGACUUUCUGGACAAAGAUCUGGUGGAACCUCUUUGCAGGCGACUCAACACUUUGAACAAGUGUGCAUCUAUGAAACUUGACGUGAACCUUCCAAAGAAGAAAAGCGAAGACUCUGAUGAAGAAGACGUGUUUGCUAUCAGUGACAAAUGGACCUUCGAGUGGAGCAGCCGGCGUUGGUCCAGGUUGCAGGACAUUGACUGUCUGCUGGGAAACCACGAGCAAGGCGAGCCCCCCAGGGAAGACAGGCCUCUGAGGACCACCACCAGCAGUGAGAGCGUUCUGACAGAUCUCAGUGAACCAGAGAUCUCAUCUUUGCACAGCGAGAGUAGUGGUGGGAGUGGCCACAGGGGUCUCAGCACAGAGGACUCGGACUGCUCAAACCGCACAGAUUCUGCAGCAAUGCCAGACUCGACUUCCCUCGCAGUGCCUCACAUCCCUAAAGACAUCACUCACUACGCCUCUCUAGCUGAUAAGCAUGGCAAAACGAAUCGCAUUCGCGCCAAAGACUUCCUUAAACGUAUGGAGAUGCUGCGUUCUCGAGGAACACUUGGAAGGGGUCGUAAGACUCUGGUCAUCAGCUCACCGGUGCUGCAGCAGGAAGCCCAGGCUCUGAAGACUCUGAGGUGUGUUGAGAUCAUAAAUGGAGAUAACGGACCCUCUGAUCCACCUGCCCUCAAAGUUCCGCCAUCCCUGUCCAGCAGUGAGGGAAGUAGUCAUUCUAGUGGUAGCACUGUCAGCACUCCAAGCUUGAAAGAACGGAAGGCUCACCGGGCUGAUCACAAGCGCAGUGGAAUGUAUUUGGAGGACAUUGACAUCUUCUUAGGCACACAUGUAAAUAAAGUCGCAGAACAAAACCGUAAGAAUGAAUUCUGCUCUUAUGAAGAUCUGGUGGUCCAUAUUCCCAAAGACCACAAGCCAGGAACCUUCCCUAAAGCACUGUCAAUAGAAAGCCUGUCCCCAACCAAUGGGGCCUCCAUUAACUGGCACACUGGCAGCAUGCACCUGGAUACCCCUCUUAUUUCAAGCAGAAGGGAAUCCAGGCCUGUCACCCAGUGUUGCUCCAGAGGAAGUCGCAUCAGUGUGUACGAUAACGUCCCUGGUUCGCAUCUGUACGCCAGUACUGGAGACCUGAUUGACCUGGAGAAAGAAGACCUGUUUCCACAUCUGGACGAUAUCUUGCUUCAUGUCAAUGGCCUACAGCAGAUAGUCGACCACUGGUCUAAGAAUGUGUUACCUGGAGGAGAAGGGGUGGUGCAGGUGCAUGAUGAGAGGGAAGAAAAGAACGAUCUUCAGUCCUCUAGUCAAAUCACGUUGGACUUUGAAGGGAAUUCCGUGACAGAGAGCCAAAUCACACCGAGUGAUGGGGACAGGGACAGAGUAUCACUUGCUGAGACUGAAUUUACAAGGCUCAGGGAAAGGAGGGACUCAGGAGUAGGUGCUUCACUCACAAGACCCAAUCGGUUGCGUUGGCCCAGCUUUCAGAUAUCUAAUCGCCUGAGCCACUCGGUAGCGUCCCUGCAGAUAACUAACCAAUCGGCCAGCCAGCUGAGUUUGUUGCAGAAGUUUUCUCUGCUGCGUCUUACUGCAAUCAUGGAAAAAUACUCCAUGUCCAACAAGCAUGGCUGGACUUGGUCUGUGCCAAAGUUUAUGAAGAGAAUGAAGGUACCAGACUAUAAGGAUAAGAAUGUGUUCGGAGUGCCUCUCAUAGUGCAUGUUCAGCGUUCUGGACAACCACUACCACUUGGUCUGCAACAGGCUCUGCGCUACUUGAGGAGCCAGUGUCUAGAUCAGGUGGGUCUCUUCCGUAAAUCCGGGGUUAAGUCCCGAAUUCAAGCUCUGAGGCAAAUGAAUGAGAGUUCUCCAGAAAAUGUGAACUAUGAAGAUCAGUCUGCUUAUGAUGUGGCUGAUAUGGUGAAGCAGUUCUUCAGAGAUUUACCAGAACCCCUUCUCACAAGCAAGCUCGGGGAGACCUUCCUUCACAUCUACCAAUACGUCCCCAAAGACCAGAGGUUGCAAGCUGUCCAGGCAGCCAUCAUGCUGAUGUCAGAUGAAAACCGAGAGGUGCUGCAGACCCUUCUCUGUUUCCUCAGUGAUGUCACUUCGUCUGUGGAGGAAAACCAGAUGACACCCAUGAACAUAGCUGUGUGCCUGGCCCCCUCCCUGUUCCAUCUCAACAUACUCAAGAAGGACAAUCUCUCACCACGGGCCAUGCAGAAAAAGUAUGCCACUGGCAGACCAGACCAGAAGGACCUGAAUGAAAACUUAGCAGCUACUCAAGGCCUCGCUCAUAUGAUCAUAGAGUGCAACCGACUAUUUGAGAUCCCACAUGAGAUGGUUACACAAUCACGCAAUUCUUAUGUAGAGGCUGAUUUACAUGCACCGACCAUUGACGAACUGUGCAAGCAGCUGGAGGAUGACGACGGAACAUACCAAACACAUAUAGAAGCGAGACUUCAGAACCUGCUCAAAGAGGCUCGGGAAAAGUCUAAAUACUGGGUGUCAUGCAGCAGUUCUGAUAAUACAGAGCUCUGCUGCAAGAAGGUGGGUGAUGGGAACCCUUUGAGACGCUGGAAGGUAUCUGUGGAAGUAGAAGCGCCACCAUCUGUGGUACUAAAUAGGGUGCUACGAGAGCGCCACCUGUGGGAUUUAGACCUACUACAGUGGAAAGUUUGCGAGACUUUAGACAAGCAGACAGAAGUGUUUCAGUAUGUCCUCAACUGUAUGCCCCCUCAUCCCAGCAGAGACUUUGUUGUACUCAGGUCAUGGAGGACGGACUUGCCCAAAGGCGCUUGUUCCCUGGUUUCUGUCUCCAUAGAGCAUGAGGACUGUCCUUCUGCUGGAGGCGUACGAGCUAUCAUCCUGGAGUCCAACUACCUACUAGAGCCCUGUGGAUCUGGAAAGUCCAGACUAACUCACAUCUGCAGAGUGGACUUAAAGGGGAGGACUCCAGAUUGGUAUAAUAAAGCCUUCGGUCACCUUUGUGCUGCAGAAGCCGCCCGGAUACGCAACUCCUUCCAGCCACUGAUCACAGAUGGCCCAGAGACCAAAAUCUAAAAUGUAUAAUGAAAAACCUGUUGGGUUGUUUCUAAGAAGCACAAGAACCAUUGACAAGAGCCCACACCUAAACCACAGUUACCAGUACAAAUACUUUUCCAUUCUACUUGCACACUGACAGAAUACAUUUUAUAGGUGCUGAGCAUAACAACAGGAAAUUAAUCAUCCUGCCAAUGUACUUAGCAUUAGGAUUUUAUUUACCAUGAUGUUGCUAAACCUGUAUAUUAUAAUUAUAAUAAUCUUUAAUUAUAUUAUUGUAUUAUUGUUGUUACUGUAAUCUACAAUGUCUAGGACAUUACAUUACUUAAUGCUUCUGGGAAGCAUGUAUAUGUUAUUCAUUUGAGAUUUAAAGCUAUAAUUAUUAUGAUGUACACUCAAGUGUUUGUACAUAUGUAUGUGUGUGAAUAUACUGUACAUGCCAACAAUCUGUAAUUUAUUGUAUAUAUCUGAAAGGAUUAAUAGUAUAUAUGUUAAUUUCCUAUAUAUUGAUUCUUUUACUGUGUCAACCAUCCUGUAAUACACAUGGUACAAAAUUGUAAGCUGGUUUUACUUUGCUUCAGUAUUGCCAUUUUGGGUGUAAUUUUAUUAAACAUUGACCUCUCUUGGUUGUGAAAAGAACGACAUAAGGUUUGACUUGAUCAUACCUGCUUUAGGGUACUGGAUUGUGCAGUAAAGUGCAAAAGACCAUUUUUUAAUAAAAUUAUUAAAACU